AUGGCUGUGGCAUCAGUCCCAAUCACCCACGGCGGUGACAAUUUCCUCGCCCCGCUCGCAGCACUGAAUGGCCGCGUCUUCGACACCGAUCCCGUCAUUGCGUACAUGCUGCUGGGCCUGUCUCAGGAAGAAAGGUUGGCUUAUCUGCCGACAUACUGGACCACGCUCAUCAAGUCAGCCUUACUUAAUCGCGCAGUGAUCACCGAAGCCGAUGGCUGGAAGGCAGCUUCUGUCAUUGUUCCACCUGGUCAUUCCAUUGACAAUGCCUGGACCCUCCUGUGCUCUGGAUUUCUGAGCGUGCUGUGGAAAAUUGGACUCCCGGGCCUAAAGCGCCUUUGGUUCGAAUUCUCUGGUAUUACCGACAACGCGAAGCGAAAGGGUCUCCGUGGACAGACCAAGUACUACUACAUUUUCACCGUCGGAACCGAGCGCGAACAUCGUGGAAAAGGCCUCGCCAAGGCAAUCAUGCUCGAGCACCAGCAGACCGCUCAAGCCGCGAAUGUCCCGAUCUGGCUCGAAGCAACAACUGCAGGCUCCCGCGCGCUCUACCUGUCAUUGGGAUUUGAGGAUGUCGAAGAGAUUCGGCUUGGGAAGGGCAAGGUCGCUGCUGAUGCUAGUCUUCAGUCUGGUGGACCCGGUGUGUCCCUUUGGGCGAUGAUAUGGUGGCCAACCCCAGCUUCUGAAGCUACUUCCUAG